AUGUUUUGGUUGAAAGUGGUAUCGUGGGCUCAGGAUCUGUGGCUGGGGUUAUUGAAGGUCGUCACUACAACCGAGCUGUACGUACACAUAAGGUACACAUAGCUUGAUUAGGUCUUUAUAGAGCUGAGUGGAUAAUAUCUUGAUGAUUCCUACAGGAUCAUAACUUCACUUUCAACUUUUUUAAUCGAUGCUACGUAAAUAAAAUAAACAACUUUUUUGAACCUUUUGUUAUUUUAGAUUGUGUUUGAAGCAAUGCACCGACUACAGUGGAUGGCUGCAACGUAGUCAGUCAUGGCUGCAACGUAGUGGUCACCGUGGCAACCGGAUGAUCCUUGUCAGUGCCAUAGAGGACAUCCGCAAAGAGUUUAGCACAGAGAAAUUUAACAGGCUGCUGUCUAUGCCGGAUUUUCUAGAAAUUUUCAAUCUUUACAAGGAAUACUGUAAAGAAGACAAUGGUCCGUUAAAGGUGUUUUGGAAUAGCUACCUGGAGAUGGUGGAGGUGCUGAUAAAUUUCGUAAGAGCAACCAAGGAAGGGAACUGGGCCAUGCAUCUUGAAGGCAUCAAGGAGAUGCUACCAUGGUUCUUCGCCUACGACCAUACUAAUUAUGCUCGUUACCAUCCAGUGUACUUAGCCCACAUGAUGUUGCUACCAGAAACUCACCCAGAGGCACAUACCCUCCUGUUAAAUGGUGUCCAGCGAACAACAUUACAUGAGUUUUCACGGAUGCCUGUAGAUCAAACAAUUGAGCAGACCCUGAACAGAAGCUCUAAGACAAAGGGAGGAAUUGUUGGGUUCAGCCUGAGGAAAGGUGCUGUACAGCGAUGGAUGAUUACUGCUCACUCCCGUGCUGCUUUCGUAGACAAGUGUCGGAAGAUGACAACAAAUGUUCAAGAAAGCCAACGCAGACUGCACAAAGAGGCAAGCCCAGCUCGCAUGAAAAGAGAUGAGGACGACGCAAAGAAAGUUUUCGAAGUAAUCAGUAACUGGCGCAACCCGUUUGAACCAUCUGAGGAACUUCUUAGUCUUAGCUCUGGGUAUGUUGCCAGUGAACGUAUGAAGGCCGACCUGCUCCUGGCAAAAGAGAAGGGCACAACGGCUUUGACGGCCUUCGUAGAAGAAAGACUGGUGACAAAUUCAACAGGAUUCUUUCAAACACUCCCCAAACUAAAGCUAGGAAGUUUCCGUGAUGCACAGAAGAAGACCUCUGUAACAGCAGGAGACAGGAACUUCAUAAUCAGAGCCGACAGGACCUUAUUUGCCCGCCUUCUAGUCAUUGGACAGAGUCGCCCGAUGGACCUCAAAGAUUUGCUGAGUCACGAGCUUGGUCCCCUUCCAUGGUCGUUGGCUUCAUCCGAUGGUUCAUUAGCCAAGACAAACAAAGCAAUUCUUUCCAAGCUACUCGAAAAUGGAGCAGAAUGCCUGCCGACUUUACCUGAUCUGACAAUAGCUGUCAUCAUAGACGCCAUGGCGAUGCUGCAGACGCUAGUAAGGAUACCUGAUAGAUUUUCUGAGGUGGCAGACAUGGUGAUGACCAGAAUUCUGAUGGAGGCUGGAGAGGCAGCAAGAAUCGACUUUGUAGGAGAUCAAUAUCCAGCUAACUCAAUUAAAAACACCGAGAGGAACAAGCGAGGCAGAGAUGGUGAGAUAGUCAUCAACGUUACCAAUGGUCAACAGUUCUACCCUCGUCAGUGGAGAAAGUUCAUGGCAAAGGGAAGCAACAAAACCGGUCUCUUAAACUUCCUUGCACGUGAGUGGUCACAAAAUGCGGUUUACGCCGAGAAAAUCAAAGAACGCACUCUCUUUAUCACUCAUGGAGACAACUGCACCAAACUGUUCGCCUCUGAUGGUACAAUUACUGCAUGCACAGUCUUCGAACUUUGCAGCAAUCAAGAGGAAGCUGAUACAAGGAUGCUCCUCCACGCAAAUCAUGCUUCUCAAAAUGGACAUCAGCACAUUGCUAUAAGGUCAUCUGAUACAGAUGUAGACGUUCUAGCUUGUUAUUACCAAGCUGUCAUUGCUGCUGACAUAACACUGAUCAGCGGCACUAAAAGCAGAUCUCGCAUUGUGAGUAUCCGACAAGUAUGUGAAAAGCUUGGCCGAGAGAUAUGUGAAGUACUUCCAAGCCUACAUGCCAUAACCGGUUGUGAUAGUGUCAGUGCCUUUUCUACCAAAGGAAAGAAGAAAGCACUUGAUAUUGUACAGUUGAAUCCAGCUCUGAGGCAAAUUGUCAGUAGUCUUGGUGAGAGGCUCCCUCCUAAUGAAGAAGAUUUAAAGAAGAUGGAACGAUUUGUUUGUGCCUUGUACAAUGACCCUAGAUGCAAUGAUGUAAACGAACUAAGGUACAAGUUGUUUUGCAAGAGCAAAAACCUGCAGUCACACCAGCUUCCACCAACAAAAGGAGCUCUGACAUACCACCUCAAGCGUGCUAACUAUCAGGCCUUCCUCUGGAAGCAUGCCCUAGAGACACAAACGGACCAGGCGCCCGAUGGCCAUGCUUGGCAGAUGAAAGAAGACCAACUGGAAAUCUACUGGACUAACCAGGCACCAGCCCCCGAUGCUGUGAUGGAGCUUGUAUGCUGCGGCUGCAAAGGACUAUGUCAAACACGACGCUGCUCUUGUGUUGGCAAUAGUUUUCCCUGCACUGAGGCGUGUACAUGCCAAGAUAACUGUGUCAAUUGUGUUAGCAACGGAGAUAGUGAAGAAGAUGAUGAUAGUGGUGACAAUACUGAUGUUGAUGAUAAUGAUGACGAUACCGAAGAUAAAAAUGACAGUUAA